AUGUUGUGUGGAAUCUCGGGAGAGACUCCCCAGGAGCCUGUCGCCUCGAGGAAGUCUGGCGCCGUGUUCGAGAAGCGCCUCAUCGAAAAGUACAUCACGGAGAAUGGCACCGAGCCCGGAACCGGCGAAGCCCUGACGACCGACGACCUCCUCCCCCUCUCCCAGUCGCACAUCGUCCGGCCACGACCCCCGACCCUGACAUCGAUCCCCGCCCUCCUCGCGACCUUCCAGAACGAGUGGGAUGCGCUGGCGCUCGAGACGUAUAACCUGAAGGAGCAGCUGGCCCGCACCCGUGAGGAGCUCGCGACGGCUCUGUACCAGCACGAUGCUGCGGUUCGCGUCAUCGCGCGGCUGACGAGGGAGAGGGACGAGGCGAGGGACGCUCUCUCGAGGGUUACUGUCACGGGUGGCGCCGCCAAUGGCGAUGCGAUGGCCGUCGACUCGGUCGAGACGCUUCCGGAGGAGGUUGCCGAGAGGGUGGCAGCGAAGCACCAAGAGCUCUCCAAGUCGCGCAAGAAGCGCCCCGUGCCCGAAGGCUGGGCGACGCCCGAGGAACUUGCGGCCUUCCAGACCACGGCCUCGACGACGCUGCCCGUCCCCCACACCUCUUCGCUCGCCCUCGAGGGCGACUAUGCUGCCAUCGCAGGACCCGAAGGCAAUGCCGCUAUCUACUCGAUCGACUCUGACAAGCUGGAGCGCCAUGUCCAGGUCGGCCAGCCAAUCACCGACACCGUCUGGACGGGCAGCAAGCUCAUCUUCUCGACGACGCAAGGCACCGUCAAGGUCUUUGAGAGCGGCAGCGAGAUCGCCUCGCUGGCCGAGAACGCCGGUGCUGUCACGGCCCUUGCGCUGCACCCUCUUGGCGACCUGCUCGCCUUCGUCGGUCAGGACAAGAGUAUUGUCUUCUACGACCUGUCGACCAUGUCGCGUGUUAGCCGCACCUACGGCGAUGCCGGUACGUUUGGCCAUCCCCUGGUCGUUACUGCUUCCGUACUGACAAGCCCCCCCCCAGCUCUCACAUGCUGCUCUUUCCACCCGGAUGGCCACAUUUUCGCCGCCGGCACGGCCACCGGCGAUCUCAAGCUCUUCAUGACGGCCACGCUCGACGUUGCGGCGUCCUUCUCCCUCGGCGCCCCCAUCCAGGCGCUUGCCUUUUCCGAGAACGGUUUCUGGGUCGCCGCGACGGCCAAGGGCCAGAGCUCUGUGACCAUCUUCGACCUGCGAAAGGAGGGCGAGGCGGCCAAGGCCAAGGUUCUCGAGACGGGCGGCUCGGUGCAGUCGCUCGCCUGGGACUACUCGGGCCAGUUCCUCGCCACAGCCGGCGCCAGCGGUAUCACGGUGCAGCAGUACACCAAGAGCUCCAAGUCGUGGUCGGAGCCGUUCCGCAGCUCCGUCACAGCCGUGGCCGUCCGGUGGGGUGACAAGGCGAGGCAGCUCGUCUCCGUCAACGGGGAGGGUGUCGUGUCCGUGUUUGGUGUCAAGGAGGGGUAA